CUCUUUUGAGUUGUCUCUGGUUUUCAUCAGCGUGCUUUGGUUGUCGACCCAGGAGAGCAGCGUUCAUCUCAAUCGUGACUUUCAUCGCCUAAGGCGGCGUUCGCCUCAGUCUGCACAAUGAAGCUCUUGGUCCUCUCCCUCCUCUCCCUCUCCUCCUUCCUCGACAGCAGCAGCGCUUUCGUCGUGCGGUCCCCCUCCCCCCUCUCAUCGCAGCUUCCCUCCCCUUCCCGCCCUAGAUCACGGUGGUGCCCAACGCAGAUGCAGGUGGGCGACGGUGCAAACCACUGCACGUGGGCCAUGCAGACCAGACAAGUAGCUAUCUGGGGAAUGUGUUGUUGGUGUGCACUGCGUGUCGUGUCAGGUGUCUGUUGGGGUGUGCAUUUAUGGCCCCAACUGCUGCAAGAAGACAGAGAAGCAGAAUGGCGGGAGAGAUUAUAACCUGGUGACGACACAGGCCGUGGCUGACGUGCUCGGCGGCAUCAAGGUGACGGCGACGGGCUGCCAGGCCAACUGCAAGCGGGGGCCAAACCUGAAGAUUACUCAGAGAGGCACGGAGAACAAGCAGGAGUACACGAUGGACGCCGAGCAGAUCAUCGAUGCGCUCGAGGCGGCCACCAACAAGAUCGGCAAGUUCCCCCAGAACAUGCGUCUGGCUCUCAAGCAGAAGGAGCAGGGCAACCGUGCUCUCAUCAAGAAGGAUGCCAAGGCCGCCAUUCGGUAUUACGAGGACGCCAUGAAGAAUCUUGGCAAGGGCGGCAAGACGCAGAAGGUGCUGGGGACCAUCUAUGCUAACAGGUGGGCUGGGCUGGGCUGGGCUGCACUGCAACGGAGGUGGAGGGACAGACAGACAGACACGUGCGGUGCGUGUGUGUGUGUGUGUGUGUGUCAGGGCUGCUGCCAAGUUGAUUGCCGGUGACACGACCGGCGCGAUGGAUGACUGCGAAAUGGCAGUGGGAAGAAACCCACAAUCAAGGUCAGCAGCCGAGCCGCCUUGGUUCGGUUGACCCACACACACAGGCCUGAUGCUGCUUGGCCUGCACUCAUCGUCCGUCCGUCCUUUGUCUGUCGUUCGUUGUGCACUGCCCACCACACAGGGUAGCGUGGGUGCGCAAGGGCGACGCUUUGAAGCUGUCCGGCAACCCCGAUGCAGCCGAGGAGGCGUAUGAGAAGGCAGCAUCCCUCGACAAGUUCCGAUCUGAUGACGUCAGGUCGGGAGCUGAGAAGGUCGGCAAGGGAGGCCCCUUCGGCAUGGGCCCGAAGUAUCAGGUCUACGACUUGGUGUGAGUGACGUGACAGCACGGAUUGGGCUGCUCGCGUAGCUGGCUUGG